GGAUUAGGAAACUUUCCUCAUGAGCAGGUUGUUGCCUAGCCAUCUCUUGUAGAGUUUCUUGCAUCUUCCUUAGGAUGGCUUUGACUGUUGAACUGAAAAAAAAAUUAUACAUAUAUAUUUAUAUAUAUAUAUAUGUACAGUGAUAGAUAUUUUCCUUCAUACAGUUUUUGUCAUCACAAAAUAAUUUUUAGGUCUAGUUUUCCUGCUGAGUCCUGGUGAGGACUAUGUUUAGUGUAGAUGUCCAUAUCCCAAGCUCUCUUUUACUCCUCUGUAUAGGGCAGAAGAGCAGAGUACUGCCUACAUUUCUUUCUGACAGAGCCAAGAUUACUGAAGGCAUCCAGACCUUUGCAUCUCUUCUGUAAACUGGUCUGUAACAAUUAAUACCAGCUUAAAAUUUAAAUGAUUAGUGAGGAAAAGGAGUUUUGACAUGCAUGACCCUGCAACAAUAAAAAUAAUAAAAUCUUUCCUGUGGUGAACCAGAUACCACAAACAAGCUGGUAACUCCUUUCCAUCUAAAAGGACACAGCUUUUGGGGACUCAUCUCUAAGUAUACCUUUUAAGACCUGUUCUCCAAGGAUAUAGGCAGCGCAUAUGCAUUCAGCAUGCAUUCAGCUUCAAGCAUGUGAUUGUUUCAGCUGACAGCAAUAGCAUUUCUCAUGUGUUUAGACUAUGUGCACACCUAGCUUUGAUAGGGACUCACAAUAAGGCAUCCACAAAAUCUGUUUUGUUGUUAUGGGAAUGACCUGACUCCUGCUCAAACAACCAUAAGGGAAUACUGAGGGGUUUUUUUCAUCCUCUCUCUUUUGUCAUUCAGCAGUGAUACACAUUUCUGUGGUCCAUUACAGAAUCAUCUUGCAUCUCCCCUUGCAAGGUGAGACUCCCCUCACCCCGCUUCUCUGGCCUGGCAAGGUCCCUCUGGAAGACAGCAUAGCCAUAUAGUAUAUCAGCCACUCCUCUCAGUUUGGUGUCAUCUGCCAAUUUGCUGUGGCCUGACUCUGUGGCGUGACUCUGUCCCAUCUCCAAGUCAUUAAUGAAGAUGUUGAACAGUAUUGGUCCCAGUGUCAGCCCCUGGGUACAUCACUAACAACAUUAUUUUAAAUUGUCUCUUAUAAUAUUGUAUCUGGGAUUCACUAAUGACUUCUCAUCCACAUCUUGGGCUUAUGGUUGCUUUGCUUUUGGAACUCAGGCAGUUGAAGCUAAUCAAUGUUAAACUGUCUAAAUAUCUUCUAAGUAUCUAACUCAUCAGUUAGUUUGGAUAGACUUUAUCACAUGGCCCUUUUGUACCAGAUGCAAUCCUUAAGCCUGUUUUAUGGUUUAAUAUGGGAAGUAUGACUGAGAAUACUGACAGGAUUUUACAUUACAAGGUACACCAAUGCACAGCUGAAGUAUUUCAUCACUAUUUUAUUCCAUAGAUCUGACAGCAGUCAGAAAGGAAUGAGUUCCAUAAUGAGCACAGGAGAAAACUGGCUUUACCACACUAUGUGAAAACCUGCAAAAAAUGUGGGUAAGAAUUAUAUCAGAAAAAAGUAAAAGAAAUUAUUUGGAUGACUACACCAACAUUUGAGUUUGCGUGGUUGCAAACAAAGCAGAAGGCAAUACCAAUUAAGGAGAAAAUUAUGGAAUUCCUGAGAUGCUUGAUCCCCUAGCUAAGCCACAACUCUUGUCCUUUUUGCUUGUAGUCAUGGGGUGUGUAAACAGAGUACAGUUCAGUACAAAUUACCAGAUCAACCUCUAAAUUACCUGCUUUUCCUAGACAGCCAACCAAAAUGGUCUCACUUGUGAACUUUGAAGCAAUAUAGUCAGAUUGUUACAGCAGCAUCCUGGUUGGCAUCCAUCUUGGCUGCUUCAAGGAGAAUGUCAUCAGUGAGAGCUCUGCACUCACUCAGAAGCUUCCAGAACCUAUGCUGUGCCACAUAGAUAAAACAGCUUGUUCAAAGUUAGCAUCUGUGUCUCUGCUUUCCUGUAGAUGAUUGUCUUGAUUUGUAAUAUAUGCCCCUAGUUCCUAUUGCUUCUCUAGCCAAUUUUAGAAACAUAAAUUAUAGCAUCCUUAAGGUCUGCAAAUGUAUGUGACGAAUUGUUCAGCAGUUCUCACAAAAAAAAAAAGGUACAAAAAUGGAGUUAGCAAGUUCAUGCAAAUAAUCAAAAUCAUGUUAGAAGGUAAAAACCUGUACUUACCUGAAAAUGAACAAGUACCUCGGGUGGCUCGCAGGAGUGUCCUCCUCAUAAUAGAUCAAAUUGGGGUUUUUAUAUCCUUCAUUCUUGUUCCAAGGAUUUAUUUUGCCAUCAUUUUUCUUUCUUUAUGCCUCUCUAAUAAGGAGCCUUAUUCCAAUUAUUAUAUGUUCUUAAAGAAAAAGAUGGUGAAGUUCAAUGGCAGGUAUAUUUAGUUUGGGAAAAAAUCCAUUAGAAUUGUCAUGAAGUGAAAGAUGUAAUAUUUUACCUGUAUGUAUAUAUCUAUAAGCAGAUGUAUAUAUUAAGUCCCAUCUAAGUAAUAUUAAUGUUUCUGGGCUUUUUAUACUUAUAUAACAUAAGGGGGAUCAACAUGUAUUUCUAGAAAACAUCAAGAUAAAUUAUUGAGAUAUAUUAAUAUUGUGGCUGUGCUUUUUAGCUCCAGUGAUAAAACAAGCAUUCUUUUCUUGAUGACUCUACAUUUAUCAGGAUUCACAACUUCACAGCCAUUUUCUUAUCACUUUCUUCACUGGAGUCUUCUAGUGCUCUGCAUUUUAUAGGAAAUAAUUUGACUCUACAGAAAGUCCCUGUUCUAUUUGUUGUAGCUAGAGUCUAUAUUAAUCUGCUAUAACAGCAGGCUGACUAGCCAGCUCUGUUGUUUUAUUUUCAUCUGUUUUAUCAUUCGUACCAUGAGACUGCUGCAUUCUCUGAAUUUGACCCCAGGGACCCCAGCUACAAUAUCCUCAUGUCCUUGACAACAUCCCUCUGCGCCUCCUUGGAAUAUUCUAACACUACAAAUGAUAUCAUGUAUCCAUGCCUACUAGGUACAUAAAAAUCAACAGUAUUUAGCUUUGUUCCAAUUUAAAUAACAAAAUCAUCUUUUCCCAAGGAAUGAAGACACGGCAAUCUUUCCUUGUGCCUAGGACACGAGUUAGCAGCUGGAAUGCUGGAGUCAGCGUUUCAUUCCAUGAGAGUGAAUAGCAUCAGAUCUCCAGAGAUUUCUUAACUGACCUUCAAAACACAGAGUCUAGCUUCCAGCAAACUCAAAGUAAACAUAUUUCUCUAGAGAUUAGGAUCAAAGCACAAGAAAAACAUUCUACUCAACUACGUGGUGCUCGUACCAUUACUUGUUUAUUGGAGCAAGGCUAAGUGGUGCUGGGAGAGAUGAGAUUCGCUUUUUUUAUUGCAUUAACUAAUGGUAAAAGCACUUCUCAAAGGCUACCUAGACCUUUGCUAAAAGAUUUGCAAAAAUCUUCCUUCUUUUUCAUGCCAUCACUGCUUCAUUCCCAAACAUGAUCUUAUAUCAUCAUGAUCAAACUUUGAAGACUUUUUCUGAAGCAAAGCCUUGGGCAACUCAAACAUUUUACUAGAGGACAUUUUACCCAAGGACACCCUCAGGCUUUGCCUCUGGUCUUGGGGGUACUUUUUUAAAAUUCUCAAGCAACCACUGUCAUCUGUAUAACAGAAGUAAUAACACCUUGCUCCCAUAUCCAUAUAGGGUUUUAGGAGGGUAAUUAUAUUACAAAUUCAGAAGUUCCUGAGGUAUUACAGUAUUGGGUCUUGUUUGUGCAUACAACCUGGGCUUACUGGAACAGACUGAGUUCCUGGAGGGGGGUGGGGUGGAAGUGAGGGGUUGGGGGGAAGUAAUAAUCAAGAGAAUCACUUUUUAAAGAAAAUUAUUUUGUAUGCAGACUCUUUGAUAACUUUAAAACAUGAUUGACAUUCAUUAGAAUGAAAAAACAGAGGUGUUUCUGCAGGUAAGUGAAGUUAUUUGUUGGUAAGCUUUGUGCAACAAAAGGCACUUUAAGUGACAUAAAUUCUUUAUCUCCGCCCUGCUAGGAUUUUGCUUUUGCAACUUUUAGGCUGAUUUGAAACUCUGUUAGGAAGCUGGAGUACUGAUUCAGGAGGAGAUCAGGAAGGUGUACUCAGGGCUAUCCUCUGAGGCAGUUGGUAACUCUAAUUUCCACAGAAAAAGGAAUGAAAAUUCCUCUGAAACCUAGUUUCAAGCUUGUCAUAUGAUCUUGAAUAUGGAGCACAGUUAACCCCAAACAUUCCUUGAUUGUCUCCUUAGACACCAAUUUAUACUCCUUCCCUGAUAUAAAAAAAAUCUUAACCUUGAUUUUGAUGGUGACUGUAAUUGUGCACUAGAUGCACUGAGCUCUGUCUGGUUUUUUUAUGUCAUGUUGUGUAAAUGUACAAGCCAAUGGAAGUAAUUUUCUCAUAUAAAUGGGUUCAUUUUUUUCACACUCAAAUUACUGUUUGAUCUUCAGGAAAUGGAAGUCCAGAUUCAAACACUAUUAUACUAUUAUUCCAAGGAUAUUACAUAAAACACAUCUGAAAUAUUUUUAAACAAGCAUGUUUCCCACUAGUCUGAGUUACAGAUUAUUUCCUUACUAUACCCUAUCUUGGUUGGCAAAAAUAUUAAGGGCAAUAAGAAAUACAGUAAAUUAAUUAAGUGUUAAAAAUUUUCAAUUUACGGGAGCAACAAGUUUUCCAUAGCUUGUGCCAAACAAUCAAGUCAUUACUUUUGGUCUGAAAUAAGUAUAAUAGCCUCCCUCCCUGCCCCUUUCCACCAUUUUACCACUACAUCUCCCGGAAUAGGUCAGUCAAUGCCUGACCUUAUGCAUUGGUGCUGGUGGAGUAGUUGUUCUUUUCUCACAGUUUGAACAACCAUUUCAAUUUAGAUCUUAUGAAACAGAAACCCAUAAAAUGCCUUUUUAAAAUUCAACUGUGGGUAUAAGCCAGGCAGUGAGUGUGUAAAAAGUAGGAGGGCAUAACUCUUAAGUGGACUAGAGGUAAGCUCUGUCAUAGCUAAGCGCUCCCUCAAAUCUUAUCCUCCACAUGCUUCUCUUCCUUACUCUUAGGCUUUGCAUCCGGUUAAAAUAAACAAAUUAGCACUAUUAUUCAAAGUGCAAAAAUUUCAGCUGCCCAAAAUCACUGAUAUGUAAAUACUUCAGGAGAUCUUCACCAAUUGUUUUCAACUCCUCUAAUAUUCGUGGUUGCUGGUGCUGCCUGCAACCAGCUACAUCCAGUGAUUUUAACAAAGAGUGCAAUCCAACGAGUCCAGCAGAUGUUUUUGGGUUUGCUUCACUGUGAACUUUCUGGUUUCUUCUUCCUUCAUUUCCAGGAAUCAAGACCCAAUUUUAGCAAAGUGCUGAUGAUCCAAUCAGCAACAAGAAGACUGAAAUAAGUCUUCAUCUCCACAAUCCUUAAAACAUUCAGCAUUGCAGAUCUAUAAGCAGCUGAGGUUUGGAUACUUAUCCAAGCCUCUUUAGCCUGAAAAACUGAAGGAUGGGAAAUUUGUACAACUGGCUCUCAAUAGAUUUGUGGUAUUUCCUGCACUUGUUUGGCACAGAAAUAUAAACUAACUCACAUUAUUUUGGUACUGCCAACAUGGAACCCAGCAAUAAAGAAAUAUGUAAGAAAAAAACAAUCUUUUCCAAUAACAACAAGGGAAAUUUUCUCUGAGUUAUGAUUUUGUUUGACUUAUGAUUUAGUUUAUUUCUCUUUAUAUUUUACUCUUUUGCUGUCCAUGGGUAUUUGUGUGACCUUACAUUGCCACCAAAUAUUAGCAGCACAGUUGGGAUAAUGUGAAAAACAGUCAUAUAUCCUGGAGUCCCUUGUCUUCCUUCUGUUCAGUUAGGUAGAUGUGGGGAUAUUUUGAAAAGGAAGGAAUGAACAGAAGACAGGAAUAUCAAGAGAAAGUCAGGAAAACACCAUAAAGUGCUUGCCCCUUCUCUUUGGCCUUUUUAUAACUCCACAGUUGGUUUCAUUUUUGGAUCAUUGCUUCUAUGUCCAUUACCUGAUUUCUGGAUAAACCAUGUCUUAAAAUCCAAUUUAUAAUGCUCAUAAUACCAGUAGCUGUACACAGAGAAUGUGAAGAUGGCUUCAUUUACAGGUGUCUGACCUGAAAUAGUGUUAGCACAAUUAGAAUAAGCUGAAGCAGUCCUCUUGUUCCCCAUCAUGUUGAUAAUACAAUACAACACAUUGUUAAAGGCUACCAUUUUAUUAUAGAAUGACCCAGCAUUAAGAAAUCUAGGGUACUGCAAAUGACCAAAAAAUGCCUGUCUAACUUUCACAGGUAAUGCAGCAUUACUUAUUAUUUGACCAAGCAAAUGGCCAUCCACUGAAUUACAUGAUUUGUCCAUCUUUCCAGAUCACGUGGAGAACCCCAACAGAAUGACCAGCAGUCACACAGACUGUCAUUACUGCCUGCAGUCUCUUCGUGGAAGGAAAUAUGCAUUGAGAGGUGAAAACGCUUAUUGUGUUGCAUGUUAUGACAGCCUGUAUGCCAACCCCUGUGAAGAGUGCAAGCAACCUAUUGAGUGCAAUUCCAAGGAUCUGGCCUACAAAGGCCGCCACUGGCAUGAGAGGUGCUUCAAGUGUGCCAAGUGCAGUCGCUCACUGGUGGAGAAACCGUUUGCUGCCAAGGACGAGGUCUUGCUGUGUACGGAAUGCUACUCUGAUGAGUAUUCAUCCAAGUGUUUCCACUGCCAGAAGACUAUUAUGCCUGGUUCCCGUAAAAUGGAAUUUAAGGGGAGUUCCUGGCAUGAAUCCUGUUUUGUUUGCCGGUAUUGUCAGCAACCAUUGGGAACAAAACCAUUAAUCACCAAAGACAAUGAGAAUUACUGCGUGCCCUGCUUUGAGAAGCAAUUUGCUCACCAUUGUUACUCUUGCAAAAAGGUGAUAACUUCUGGAGGCGUGACCUGCCUUGACCAGCCUUGGCAUAAAGAAUGCUUUGUUUGUGCUGGGUGUAAAACCCAGCUGUAUGGACAAAGGUUUAUUUCCAAAGAUGAGUACCCAUACUGUGUGGGCUGUUUCAGCAAAUUGUAUGCUAAGAAGUGUGCUGCUUGCAAGAAACCUGUUACAGCUCUCGGAAGUGCCAAAUAUAUCUCAUUUGAAGAGCGUCAGUGGCACGGGGAAUGCUUUAACUGUGCAAAAUGCUCUGUCUCACUGGUGAGCAGGGAAUUCCUCACUCGGCAGGAUGACAUCCUUUGCCAUGAAUGUGCCUCUGCUUCGUAGUUCUGUGGAAAGCUGUACAGCUGCAUUAUUCUCACUCUGUAACAACACAGUUCAUUACUCUGCUGUAAGAAAACCACAUAAAAGUUGUAACAGUUAUUUAGUCAUUCAAGUAACUUUCCCUCAGCAGUUUAAUUCUAUCAUAUCUAUAACUGCUUAUAAAAAAAUUUAAACAGCCCCAUACUGGUUAAGAAAAUUAUCCAGAAAAGAUUCACAUAUAUUUUAAAUCUAACUACAUUAUGUUUUCCUUGUAACACACUGCACUCUGCUGUUAGAAGCUUAAAAAUUUACCUUUUAUCUCCCAUGAAACCAAGGAGGAUUGUGAAAAGUCUGUAUGGUAUAUGAAUAUUGAUGAGGCAUUAACAUUGUUUUAUGGAUGCAGACUUGGGCAUGGAGAGCUAGGCACGUACAUUUUUCUAUUGGAUCAUAAAAUCGAUGAGAACAACUCAUAAAUAUUAUAUUCGUCCACACUUUAGGCCAAAAAGAUGCUGACAAAGCAGGCAGAAACUGUGAGGAGGAGAUGCUUCCACAGAGAGGGCCACUGAGUCAGAGAUGCUCCUUCCAGGGCUAGAUAAAUGAGAAAAAAGGUCGCUUUCCUCCUCUUACUGGGAUUGUGAUUGCUCCUCAAAAACAUAGUCUUCAGGCAUUCAAAACACUACAACACAGGUCCUUUCCCAAAAUUGGGUAACUGUGCUUAAUUUUUCAGACAUAGUUGCUCUAGAACAUAAAUAAACUCAUAUUUUGAAAAAAGAGGUGAGGAUUGCCCAAGACUGAAUAGUGCUAAUGUACAUUUUCCCAUAGCUAAUAUACCUUAGGACUCUUUCUCCACUGUCUUCACUAGACCUUCAAAUACAUGCAUAAAGUGUAUAUUUUAAUUAGCAGACACAAGAGCACACUCACAUUUGUCCCUUUAACCUUGUCCCUUCAAAGCUUCUUUGACAGCUAUCAAAGCCCUGUUAAUGGCCUUACCAUUUCAAUUCUGCUAGGUCUUUGAUUCAUAGUCCAUCUUUUUUCUUGUAAAUGCCUGCUUGUGGACAACAGGCUAUAAGCUCUCCAGAACCAAUACUCAAUUCAUGUUACCAUGUGCCACAUGUAGUUGCCAAUAGUGUGUCAAGAAUUAAUAAUGUUGUCAUUGCAAGCUAGGCAGUUCUUGCUUGCAGUACAAGGUCCUGGUUUCUAGGUAGCUGGCUUCGAGAAGGUUCUAUCUGCUUGCUAAGCUUCAGCACUCAAUUGUCUGUUAUUAAAGGUCAUCUAGAGCUGCAUUACAAACAUAUAUCUUCUUCCUUUUUCCAUACUGUAUGUUACAGUGGCCUGGUUCAUGUACUGGGCCAUUGUGAAUGGAGCAGUGAUGCUAAGAAUAGUAGGUUCUGCACUGUUCAGCGCUGUUUGAGUCUUCAUCUAGCAUGUAUUUAAGUCACUCUUCUUUAGACUCUGACCUUAAGUGCAUAGAAUUUUUUGGCUGACUUGAGUGGCCUUUAUUCAUAGUGAAGACAGCCAUUACUUUAGAUAGGAGACUGAAAAAAAAGACUUAAAAAAAAAAGAAUAUGUGUGCAAAGCUAAGCCAAGGCUGAACUGCAGUGGCAUAAGAUCAGUACAGAUAAUGACUGACCAACAAAUACAUAGCAAUCUGUUUUCCAGUCAAUAAAAUAUUAUCUUUUGCUCUA